AGUGCGUUGGGGAGGCGUUGGUGCAUCUGUAGGCUGUUGUAGGUUGUUAAAUCGCCGCGCCUGUCAGAGACAAGCAUCCCACUAUCCUGUACGAGAAUAUUUAACACUUUUAUGUCAGAGUCUCCCUGUGCCUCUUAGAGUUGAAGAAGGUAAGCUAGCUGCGUUAAUAUGAUUAAAAACGGCCAUCACCAGCAUCCAGUAAGCACGGCAACAGGGAAAGACGCAGGCACGACCCCCGCUGCAGCAGCAUGCAGCCCCGAGAAGAGGAGACGGAAGAUCCGAGUAUGGUGCGAUGGCUGUUAUGAUAUGGUACACUAUGGCCACUCUAACCAGCUGCGACAGGCCAAAGCUAUGGGAGAUUACCUCAUUGUUGGAGUGCACACUGACAGUGAAAUUGCAAAGCACAAAGGCCCACCAGUAUUCACUCAGGAAGAACGGUACAAGAUGGUGCGGGCAAUAAAAUGGGUGGAUGAGGUGGUAGAGGGAGCACCUUAUGUCACAACUCUGGAGACACUUGACAAAUUCAACUGUGACUUCUGUGUACAUGGGGAUGAUAUAACAUUGACAGUAGAUGGAAAAGACACAUAUGAAGAGGUGAAGAAGUCUGGGCGGUACAGGGAGUGUAAGCGAACACAGGGGGUUUCCACUACAGACCUGGUGGGCAGAAUGCUGCUUAUGACCAAAGCGCAUCACAGCAACAUAGAUAGCUCAAAUUACCAACAGCACACAGACAAUUUUGGGAAAGGGUCUAAUGCCCAUAAGGGCCACAGUCCUUGGACAGGAGUGUCACAGUUCCUCCAGACCUCACAGAAGAUCAUCCAGUUUGCUUCAGGACAAGAACCUCAACCUGGAGACACAAUAAUUUAUGUAGCAGGAGCCUUUGACCUAUUCCACAUUGGGCAUGUUGAUUUUCUGGAAGCAGUGCAUAAACUCUCAGACAAGCCAUACAUUAUAGUGGGAUUACAUUUUGAUCAAGAAGUUAAUCGGUACAAAGGCAAAAACUACCCCAUUAUGAAUAUCCACGAGAGAACACUCAGCGUCCUGGCAUGUCGAUAUGUAUCAGAAGUUGUGAUUGGUGCCCCAUUUGCUGUCACAAAAGAUUUACUUGAUCAUUUUAAGGUGGAUGUAGUUUGUCACGGAAAGACUCAAAUAUAUCCCGCCAAAGAUGGCUCUGAUCCUUAUGCUGAACCUAGAAGAAUAGGAAUCUUACGCACAGUGGAUAGUGGGAACAGCCUCACAACUGAUGCGAUUGUGCAGAGAAUAAUCAAAAAUAGGUUGCUGUUUGAAGCCAGAAACCAGAAGAAAGAAGCCAAAGAGAUUGCAGUCAUUCAGGCCAUGAAACGACAAGAGGAGGAAAAGAGUAAAAGGCAGAGCCCAGACUGUCAAGUCAAAAUAAGUGUCAACCCAUCCCCGAAAAACACAUCUAUUUGAACUUCUACUGAUCAAAUGUGUGUUAUGAGACACUACUGAUAGCAGUCCUUACAUUUUAUACCAGUGCCGUGCAGUCUAUAAUCACACCAGCAGAUACAUGACGUCUCUGUUGGAAGUGGUUCUCUGUAUUUUUUAAUAUAAUGUUCCACAUAUGCAAGGUCAUGUUUCUCCUGUAGCAGCAGUACCAAUGGGCUCACUUGAAUAAACCACAUAGGCGCUUGAGCCACAAGAUAGCAGCUAUAGGUGUACAACUAUAUUUUCAAAACAGAAAAAGAAAAAUGGAAACUAAUCAUGUAACCUACUUAUUUUUUCAGUUCUGAUUAAUUUCUCUUACUGUUAUUAUGCAGGUGGUCAGCUGGAGGCAUUACUAUUUAUAUGGGGCUUUUGUUGCCUUUUUAGCACUGUAAUUUUACUGUGUAUUCACUUAUGUAUUUAUAUGUAUGCAUUAUAAAAUACUAUUGGGAAAGCUUGAACCGCUCAGGUUUUGGAGGAUAGGACAUGCAAUUUGGUUGUUUGGAUGUGUAAAGAUAGCAAAAAUAUAAUUUAUAAAAAAAAUAUGAAACCUCAUGAUGUGUAUAUAAUUGCGACUGACAGUCUAGGCACUGAUCUAUAGACUCAGUAUUGUUCUGGUCUGUUUAAACAGAGA